CGCACCCACCUCCCGGGCCCGAGGCACACUGCAGCUCCGCGCUGACUCUCCGGCCCCGGCGAGGUGGCUGCAAACUCGCGGGCACGCACGGCGCUCGCGGAGCCGAGGGACUCGGGGGAGGGGACGUGCGCGGAAGGCGCCAGCUUCCUCUCGCCCGCCCCUCGCCGCCGCGAGCCCAGGUUGGAGGAACCCCGGGCCCCAACCCGACAGAGCCGAGCGGUGGCGGCGGCUUCCUUUUUCUCCCGCUGCGAGCCCUGGAGCGCCUCGGGGACCGGCCCUAAAAAGAGCAGGAAAUCUUGUUUACCGCCCGGGGAGAGGAGCCGAUCGAGCCUUUGUCUGGAAAAGUCAGCAUCCCCAGCUCCGGCUGCAAUGUGUUCCUGGUGACAUUAGCAUUGGCAGACCCGCCGCGGAAGGGGGGUCGCCAGGUUCAUGUCUGCAUUCGGAGGCGGAUCGAGCGGGUGACUUUUGUGCAUUCGUUUUAAUUUUCGGAAAUCUCUCUUUUUUCCUCCCUUGCCCGCCACCGGGCAUGUCCUGAUCCGGCGGCCGCUCCUACCGCCCGGGGCUGCCGAUCUGAGCGGUUUCCAGCGGGUCUCCCUCCCUCUCUCCCUGAUCCCUCCCUGAUCCCUCCCUGACUUUGCAACACCGCGUUCCGGGAGGACCGACCUCGGCGAGAAAGAAGGCGGGGGAGCCCCGAACACCCGGACCCGAACCUUGACAUGCUCUCCGGCGGAGAAGAGGAAGCUAGGAGCUGAGCGCACCGCCGGGGCUGCUUCGCCGGCCGGCUCCGAGCGCAGGGCUCCGGACGCCCUGCCCUGCGCCUGGGCGGCAGCUUUGUUGGUUUAGGGGGCGCCCCCCCCGCUUCCCGCCCCGGGGGCGCGCGGCCGGCAGGACCAUGCUGCUGAAGGAGUACCGGAUCUGCAUGCCGCUCACCGUGGACGAGUACAAAAUCGGACAGCUGUACAUGAUCAGCAAGCACAGCCAUGAACAGAGCGACCGAGGAGAAGGGGUGGAGGUCGUCCAGAAUGAACCCUUUGAGGAUCCUCACCAUGGCAACGGGCAGUUCACCGAGAAGCGGGUGUAUCUCAACAGCAAACUGCCUAGCUGGGCUAGAGCUGUGGUUCCCAAAAUCUUUUAUGUUACAGAAAAGGCUUGGAACUAUUAUCCCUACACAAUUACAGAAUACACAUGUUCCUUUCUGCCGAAAUUCUCCAUUCAUAUAGAAACCAAGUAUGAGGACAACAAAGGAAGCAACGACCGCAUUUUUGACAAUGAAGCCAAAGACCUAGAGAGAGAAGUUUGCUUUAUUGAUAUCGCCUGCGAUGAGAUUCCAGAACGUUACUACAAAGAAUCUGAGGAUCCCAAGCACUUCAAGUCAGAGAAGACAGGACGGGGACAAUUAAGGGAAGGCUGGAGAGAUAGUCAUCAACCCAUCAUGUGUUCCUACAAGCUGGUGACCGUGAAGUUCGAGGUCUGGGGGCUUCAGACCAGAGUGGAACAAUUUGUACACAAGGUGGUCCGGGAUAUUCUGCUGAUUGGACAUAGACAGGCUUUUGCAUGGGUUGAUGAGUGGUACGACAUGACAAUGGAUGAAGUCCGAGAAUUUGAACGAGCCACUCAGGAAGCCACCAACAGGAAAAUUGGCGUUUUCCCACCUGCAAUUUCUAUCUCGAGUAUUCCCCUGCUGCCUUCCUCAGUCCGCAGUGCCCCUUCUAGUGCUCCAUCCACACCUCUCUCCACCGACGCCCCAGAAUUUCUGUCUGUGCCCAAAGAUCGACCCCGGAAGAAGUCAGCUCCAGAAACUCUCACGCUUCCAGACCCUGAGAAAAGAGCCACCCUGAAUUUACCUGGCAUACACUCUUCAGAUAAGCCAUGUCGGCCCAAAUUAGAGUAACUUCCUAUGAAUAUUUCAUGGGGUUUUAUAUUUUCAUUUGGGUUUUUUUUUUUUAAAGAAUCUUCUAAUAUAGAAAAAGACUGCUUUGUCCCUCAAACAUGUUCCUUCGAUCUCUGAGUGUGCAUGUGGUUAAGUACCUUCCCAUAUAAUAGGAUUCCCUAAGUAUACCACACAGCAUCCUACUAGAUGUAAAUUGUAAGACUUGCAGAGGACAGAAGGAAUCCUCUGUAGCCACAGCUGGAAGCCAGGGAGGAAGCCUUGUUGUUGAGUGUUUGAUGAGGUCGGUGUGGACUUCCAAGAGUAAAUAAAUGAAAACGUUGUGCCCCUGCGUUAGAAGGUGUGGUAAAAUAACGAAGUCAGUCUCCUCUCAUCAAACCUGAAAUUCUCAAAAAUACUCUCAGGCGUAACAUACGUAAUUGUUAAAUUUCAAACUGUUCAUCACCGAUACUUGAAUACUAGUAGUUAACUGAGAUUCCUAUUUUGGUUAGUCUGACUCAGGAUUUGGGGCCUAAUUAACCCUUUAAAUUUUUUGAAAAUUUUAAUUAUCAACGUAUGGUGGCUCCAAGUGCAAUUAACGAUAACUUAUUUAUACCUUUCACAGAAUUUAAUAAAGACUCCACUUGUUUCUGUCUUUUAAUAACUUUCCCCUUUGUGCCCUUGUGGCCUCAGAAAUCUUUCAGAAUUGCACGGAUGAAUGUGACCAUGACUGACUGAUUUGGGGAUGGUUUGGUUUAGAAACCAAGAGGCCCAGGUGAGGCAAACAUCAUUUUUCUCUACAGGUACCAACAAACCUUGAAUUGUUAACUUCCGUCAUCCGUUAAGAGUCUCAGUAUUUGCAAUUAAUUGAGUAGAAUUCGUUGACUAUUUGCCCAUUCAAAGAAGUUCAAGGGUAGACUAAGCUCAUAGGACUUUUAACACUCUCAGAAUGUCUGAUUCGGGAACCCUGAAAAAGAACUGUCUCCCAUCCCCCUCCUGCUUUUACUUUUAAUAACAUCCAGAUUUCCCUGGAACAGAUUGCCCAUCACUGGACCUUAAAAAAGACUGUCAUUCUCUUGCCCUUACUUGAAACCCAAAUAUUGGGAAUGUCGCAGAAGUGGAGUAAAGACUGUCGAGUGGGAAGAGAGAAUGAGCAAAAUUGCUGACUCCUAUUUGUAGAGUAAGAAGGAGGAGCAGGAAAAGAUGCCUCUCUGUCUAGCUUUCUUUCCUGCAAGUGGUGGUAAUGCAAGAUUAGAAUCCAGGUUGACGGGAAGCAAGAUCAUUCAACCCAAGUGGCAGAAAACGAACUCUCCUUUGAUCUAAAGAGAAAACUGCCACCGUCGCGCCUCACUGCCUUUGAACGCAGAAGGAAGGGCAAGCAGAAUCUAGCACUUACUUUUUGUCCUCCAAGAGAGGAAGACAACAAGGUAGUUGGGCAACUCCGAGGCCCCAGCUAGCCUUCCUGACCAUAACCUCCAACCUCAGGAAAGGGACCUUCCCAAAACACAGAUUCCAAAGGAAACAACAUAAACCAAGGAGUAUGUCCUCCUUCCCACACAGCCUCUCAGCCAGUGGACCCUGCCUGCUUCUCUCUCUCAGUGCUCAGCACAUGCUACAUAGUGUCUUUCAAAUUGAUAAACUCUCCCAUGGUGCAGACGCUGGUCCCAUGAACCCAGCACCGAGUAUUCUCAGUCAUACGUCAGACUGUCAAGAUCAUUUCUUUAUCUACAGGUUGACAUUUCGCUUAAUAAAUAAAUAAACCCAGAACUCAAAGGAAACCAGUUGCAAAUAGUUUAGAUGGACAGUGCAUCUCUUCCCUAAGAACGACAGCAUUGUAGUAAGAGAUCCUUGCAUGGUAUCGUAGCAUGAUUUCUGCUUGUGGGAAAUCAUCUUCUCAGACCCCUUGGACUUCUCAAUGGUCCCCUACCCACACAGUAGUACUUAAUGAGAAUGUUGGCUUUAGAACACAAAUUUCUACUUUCAGAAGACACUGACAUAGUAUGCGUAUUUGCUUACCGUUUGCCAGUUGGAAAUCAGGAUGGGGUGGGAUCAUUAUUUUUGCAUAGAACAGAUUUAUUUUGUGCAGGUUGUAAACACAUCUGGCACCUAGUUUUCCCAUUAACACCAUUGCCGUUUUUCUUUUUGUAAAGUAGCUUCUGCUGUCGAGGUCAACGACGCUAUAUGCUUUAGAAAGCUAAUUUCUGAUUUCCUUCUGAGUUUUCUUUCUCUUGUAGCCACUUCAGUACCACAGACAUCAAUUUCAAAGCUGCCGAUGAUAGUGUGAUUCUUAGCCAACAUAGUGUGUGCUCUUAAAGUAUGUUCGGUUUUUCCUGUCUACAUGUGGUUGUGUGCAUUUAAAUGGGGUGGGGGGUUGCAGAUAUUCUUUUAGCUGCUUUGAAUGUUUAAUCCAGUCGUCACACGGCAUAAAUGACUUCAAUAUCUUAUCUCUCUUGAUUUUCAAGUGUCAUUUCAUAUUCUCCAUACAUGAGUUUGUUUAUUGUGGCAUACACGCCUGCGGUGAAUGUGUAUAUAGAACAUUAAUAAUUCCUAUAAGGAUGGAAAUUAAAUGGUUGCAUGAUGGAAACUUAGGAGAAGAAAAAAAGCAGAGACUUGAAUUCAUUAAGCAUGUUUGGGGAAAAAUAGAAUCUUUAACUCAGUGCCUCUGUCUGCAAUGUGGAAAUCUUCAACUUUGUUCACCAAAAUUGUAUUAUACCUGUGUGUGUGUGUGUGUGUGUGUGUGUGUGUGUGUGUGUGUGUGUGUGUUUGUGUAUGUGUAUGGCCUAGUGAAUCAAACACCACCAGUUUUAAGUCUCUGGUAGCCAAAUUAAAAUAAAUAAUCCAUAGAAUAACACAUAGUGUUCAUCCCAUCUUCAUCUCUGGUGUUAGUGGAGACCAUCAAAGUGACCAUAAAUGUCAUUACUCUGGAUGGAUUUCAAAUUCUGAAAUGCCCCCACGUUUUUCGUUGACUGCAUUGUUGCUUGGCUGUGUUUUCCCAGGAUAAGAAGGUCUCGGUGUUUUUACUGCAUAAACUUUAUCUGAGGUGAGCUCUGGAGACCAUUUCACUUUCCUACUAUUGGGCUGAAAUAAAACAAAGCAAAGGAAAAGCAUAACAACAAAGAAGUCUGUGACAUUUUUUUCAAUUAACACCAUUAUAACCAAAACAAUAGGAGUUCAUUGGUGAACUCAUUUAUAAACCUUCUGCUUUGGGUUUGCAUCUGUAUGUGGGGGGGAAAUGGUUUUAAUUUGGGAGUAUUUAUUAGGCGUGUUUUGGAUUGUGAAAAUAAAUCUCUAAGGAGCGCAGUUGUAUAACGAACACAAGACACUUAAGAAACACGGGACCUCCAAAAGAAAUAUGUGGUUUUCUUUCAAGACACUGUAAUAAACCGUGGCCUAAGAGAAAAGAUUCUGACACUUCUCAGGAAGUCAUUUUUCUGUGAAAAUUUCAAGGCUAAUGUAUGUAUGUGGAUUUUUCAUUGUUGCUUAAUUUCACAUCUCGUCAUGGCUCAGAAACAGCAAGGUCACUGGGCUGGCUUCGGUCAAUAGGAAUUUUACUUUUCACAAGGGCCAGAGUAUAACGUAGUCUCGUUACAGUGUGUGCUCAGAUAAUCCAGUAGAGAACAAUUGAAUAGUUUUAGUCUCUUUCUGAUCAUCUGACUCAGUAGGCUAGGUGACAGACAACCUGCCAUCGGAGCCAUAAUUCUUGAAAUUAAAAAAAAAAGAUCUGUUUAGUGACUGCAACUGAUCAAUAAAUAGAUCAUUUAAAACUAUUCAUUCUUGCUGAAACUGAAGUGUAACUCAAGAGAAUAGCGUUGACAUGCGGAGGCAACACAUAGCGGGUUCUUCUGGGUUCUACCUUCCAAACAAUCUGCAUUUGAAAGUAGAAGUGUUUAAGCUUUUUAGGAGUUAGUGCAAUAAGAGAAUGUGAAUAUGCUAAGAACUUUUCAGAUGUCAUUAUUAAUUAUACUUUUGUUGUUAACAAGUGCUUUAGGAUAAACCUCUCAAUGUUUUUGCUUAAAAUUGAAAGCAUGUCUGUUGAAUUGCAAGUCUCCCUUCAGUUUCUAUGUAUCACCAAGAAGAGGUUCUUUGAGUUGUUGUUAAUGCCUAUGCCGCUUAAAUGUACCUUCAGAGUGUCACUUUUAGGGUUUACAUUUCAAGCUGGGAUCUUGAUUAGUUACGUAUAUUGAGUCAAAAUAACCACUGCCACUGCGGAAGGACCAAGUUUUGGAAUGCACAGUGUUACAGACUACAAGCAAAGCAAACAAGAGUCGAUCCUCACACAUGCCAUCCUUCUGUGUCAUUUUAUGGCUGUUUUGUGUCCCCCCCCCCCAGUUAUUUAUUAUUGUUAAUAGCUUACUUUUUCUUACAUUCUGGUGUAAAUAAACUACAAAGCAAUCUUCUU